AAGCUUUGUGAUGUCACGGUGGGUUUUGUACUCAAACUGCGCCAUCUGGUGGAGUACUAACAUGCCCUGACAGAUCGUUGGUUUGCUAACGCAAGAAAGCUGAGGAGGCCCAAUGCUUACAAAUUAUAUACAGUUGUGAUGUUUUUCUUCUAAAGAUCGAUAUUAUUAAUUUGGUUUCUGUUAAUCUCUAAUGUAUCAUGGCAACAUUUUUCGGAGAAGUGGUGAGUAGGUUUUCUAGAGCAGUAGAAGAAGAUGACGAAGAAUUGAUGGAAGAGGAUGAAGAAGAUCGAGAAAUCCGAAGAGAACUGCAAAAGAAAAGAGAGGUUCAUGUGCAGUGGAGUCCUGAAAUCAGCUUAUUAAAUGAAAAGCAUAUUGACCAGACACUGCCUUGCUCCAACUUUAUACUAGCUAUUGGACAGAAUGCUGGAGGCUUCCUGUCUUCAUUUAUUUUAAAUUCUGAAAAAUGGGAUGUGAUUGGAUCUGUCAGUUUGUGGAACGAGAGAUGCAAGAUUUUUCACACCACAGAAUUUCAGGCUCCAACAGACUUGUCAUGUGUUCUUUAUCGGCUACGCUCGGAUCCCACUGUUUUCAGCUGUCAGUGCAACUGUUAUGUAGCUGAAGAUCAACAGUUUCAGUGGACUGAAAAGGUUUUUAGCAGAAUUCAGAAAAGGGAACUUAGGGUGACAAUCCUUUCAACAUAUCCUGUGGCUGACUAUCGUACAUCAGAUUCUACAUACAUGCUUCCUGUCCCUUUCCUGAGAGCUUUGCGUACAAAGUACUUCAAAGAGACAACUUGUUGUCCAGUCUUAGAACAGCCUAAUGUUGCUUCUGGUCUUCCUGCUGCAGUUUUGAGUUACUGCCAGGUGUGGCAGAUUCCUGCUGUCCUAUACCACUGUUAUACAGAUGUUUGUAAUCCAGACUCCAUUACAGUUAAGGCAUUCAUACCAUUGCUGUCUUCUGUGCACUUGAAGAGGCUGGUUAAGGAUACUUCAGAAGCAGAGAAGAUCUUGAAGAAGUUUGUGAACCGCAGUGAAGUCCAGAGUAACUUGUACACAUGAAACGCAGUAUCUGACUUUAAUAUUUACACUUCAUAAAUGCAAGCUUCUUGAUUUGUUUACAAAUUUAUAAUUCACGUUUUUUUAUUAUUAAAAUAUAUAUCAGAUAAUUAAAUUUA